GUCAGUCUUGCCGAUAUAUUUGCGUAAAUAUGUGAAGCAACAUGGGUCUUAUACGCUAUCGUUGAGCUCAUAGAAUUGCCCGUGAUGUCCGCUUAUGCUGUGGAAGACUAAAUUCACAAGUGAGCGGGGAUCAUUGAGAAUGGUGCAACCGGGACAUGCUCACGGGCAUUACCUUCUCCCGAAAGUCAAUCCCCUGACAAAGGUCUUUUUGCUCUGAACUUUUCUCCAUCGGCAACGGAGUAUAUCUAUUGUUAUUUUUGUUGACUUCGUGAUGUUAUCACUAUGACAAAAGCAGUGUUUGAACCCGGCACUACGUCAUCGACAUUGAAUCGCACAAACAGCCGUAGACGACUUGUAAUUGAAACCUUUAGAAAGUCUCACACCAAAACUCAUUCAAACCAGCAUCUUCAAACCAACAUCCCCGGAGUAUAAUCUCCGUUCCCUGCUGUGCUGAAAAUGAAGCACUACACCGCCGAACGCUUCCUUCCCUCCCACUCAAGCCUAGGCGAGUCUCCCCUCUACCGCGCCUCCGACAACACCCUCUUCUUCGUGGACAUCGCCGGGCAACGCGUCCACACUGUUCCCCUCUCAUCCUCCUCGUCUUCCCCCUGGGAUACUAAACACACCAUCGCCCUCUCCACCCCCGUGACCCGCCUACACGUCGUCUCCAACCGUGUCGACGUCCUCGCCGCACAAACCAAACUUGGUUUCGCCCUCUUGAACCCCCAAACCGGGGAUUUGGAGAGAAUUGCUGAUGUGCACCAUUCUGACGAUGGGGGGUUGGAUGACGAAGUCCGGAUGAAUGAUGGUGGGAUCGAUGCCAAGGGCAGGUGGUGGGCCGGCACGAUGGCGUUGGAUGAGGAGAGUAAGGUGGGGAGGCUGUGGUGUUUGAGUGAGGGAGUGGUGAGGGAUAUGUCUACUUCCGUCUCCGACCAUGAGUCAACGGUGCCGAAUGGACCGGUCUGGUCGCCGGACGACAAGACGAUGUACGCUUGGGAGACACCGCAAGGGAAGGUGUACCGGUAUGAUUAUGACGUGGAAACAGGGAAAGUGACGAGCAGGCAAUUGUUCGUGCAGCUCGAGGGAGGGGGUAUGCCGGACGGAAUGGCGGUCGAUGUAGAAGGGCAUGUGUGGGUCGCUGCCAAUUCGCAGGGGAAGAUUGUUCGGUUCUCGCCCAAGGGGGAGCAGACGGCGGUUGUUGAGGUUCCCGGGGCGAAGAUGUGCUCAUGUCCUGCGUUUGGGGGUGAGGAUAUGAAGACAUUGUUCAUUACGUCGAUCAAGGCGGAGGGCUCGACGGGGGAUGUGUAUCAGGUUAGGGUGGAUGUGAAAGGGGUUAGGAGGCACGCUUAUCGGGUGUGAAUCGAUGAUUCGUCUGGGAUCACAACCCGAGUUUCUCUUCGUGGAGGAGCAUAUGUGGUCUGCAAAACAGAUU